AUGGUUGGUUUUUUUCAUUUUUUUUUUAAAUUUUUUAGAUGAUUAUUUCAAUUAGGGACAAUGUAAAAUUUAGAGAUUCUAGACAAAAAAAAACAAUUUUCUCUAGACUCUCUCAAUUUCACAUUGUCUCUAAUUUCAAUUUUUCACAGAUAUAAAACAUAUAAUUUUUUCAGUGCCAACUAAAAGUGAUGCAACAAAUUAUGGAAGUACAUUUACAAAAAAACUACAAAAAAAUCGAGUAUGAAUGUAUACGUAGAAUAAUAGUUUUUCUAUCCCGACGAUUGUCACAAGAUGUGAGUUUUCAUUAAAAAUUGGUUUAACAUGAGCAAUGCUAACAUUUUCCAGCUUAUGUACCUUGGUGCUUGCGGUGACUAUGGAUUUAUUCGACACAAAUAUAGAUUCAAAAAUAGUUUUGAAGGGUUCCCGUUUUUUGAAACAUCACAAGUUUCCGGAUGUUCGAGAAUUUGCAAUUUUUAUUGA